CGCGGUCAGGAAAAGUGUUGCUCCAAUGGCCGCGACAGGGACAAAGAGGAAGAAAACUGCAGCAACAAAUGUUAGGAUGGCGAACACUGCAGCUGCAGCAAUGGAUGACAAUCAUGACGAUGCUGGAGGGACAAUUGACUCGUCCUCUGAUGAUGCAUCAUGCUCCUCCGACUCCUCUUUGUCCUCUUCAUUUUCUGAGUCAUCGUCAUCAAGCUCUUCAUCCUCAUCAACCGAUUCAGACAAUGAAAGAAAAUCCAAGAAAAGAAGCGAGAAGAAAAAGAGGGGCCACCACCAUAAGAAAGACAAGAGGGACUACCACCACAAGAAGAACAAGAAGGAAAAGAAGAAGAUGAAAGGGAAGAGAAAGUGCCAAUAUAGCAGACAGAGAGCACGUCAUCCCAAAGAGGCCAUCAAGAGGUACCAGAAAGUCCUUAAGGCAUACAAGAAGGGAAGAAAGCUGAGUGCAGCAUACAGAAUGGUCGGUGUCGACCCAGACACCGUCGUUGCCAGUGCCCCAAUGUGUGAGCUGUAUGUGGUACAGAGAGCUGCUGGGUGCUUACACACCACAGCAACAACUGCAAGACUUUGCAAAACAAUGUUUGGAAGUUUUGAUCAAUGAUCCAGACCUUUUGAGGGAUGUUGAAAAUCAGAAGAAAAAAGGGAAACUGAUUCCUCUGUGUAAGAGAGCUUAGGGGUAAC